AUGGCGGCUGGAUCGACUACCCAGAAUGCGCAGCCGCAGCUGCUGUUCGUGGACGGCACCUUCCCCGAGCUGGCCGGCGAGAUGGCAGACUACCUCCACAUCGCCGACGAGGUUAAGCCCCUGCUGGAGGACGAGUCCAAGAGGGAUGAGGCCCUCGCCAAGCUUGUUCGCUCCUCCUCGGCUCUGACCUCUGUCCCCGAGAAGGAGUUCACCGCCGCGUCCAACCUCAUGAUCCACCUCGUCAUGCAGUCCAACGAGCCCAAGAAGCACCUGCCCGCGCUGUGCCAGGCCUUCAGCAAGCCCAUCGCCACGUCGCCCAUCAACGGCGUCGGCCUGAGCCUCAACGCCUUGACGACCGUGUUCAACCUCAUCGACCCCAAGAACCCCAUUCGCUUCAACGUCUUUUCCGCCAUUCUCAAGUUCCUCAAGGCACAUGGCAUGUUCGACACGAUCGAGCCCUACCUCAAGCACAUUCCCACCUGGUUCGAUGACUGGAACACGGGCGAGGAGUACCAGCGGAACAUGUAUGUCGACAUUUCUGAGGUUGCGGCCGAGGCAGGCCAGGACGGACAGAGCUACGAGUACCUUCUCAAAGCCCUGCGCACGUUCGAUGCCGACGACAAGGAGGAGCUUGCCUCUGAGGAGGCUCAAGAGCUCUCCCUGCGCGCCGUCAAGGAGGCCCUCCUGUCGCCCACGCACCUCCUCUUCACCGAUGUCCGCAGCAUACCCAGUGUCCAGAACCUCAGCGAGACGCACCCCGUCUGCACAAAGGGGCUCAACGAGGUACUUCGCAAGGAGGAGGCCAACGCCAAGGCUCAGAAGGAGCGCGAGGUGCAGGAGCUCGAGCGCAAGCUCCAGGGCGCCGGCCUCGAGGGCGGCAGCGGCGGUGGCGCCGGUGGACGGCAGCGCGGCGGCAACCAGGGUCGCCGGGACAACAGGGAGCGUGAGCCCAGAGAGCCCAAGGAGCCCCGGGAACCGAAGCUGAGGACGGACGACGACGACUGA